GUUCAGAUGGCCAUUUUGUGACUUUUGGAAAUCUGAGUUGGCAACACUGCGUCUUGUUCGAUGGUGAUUGGUGAACACAAUGACGAACAUAAGAAUGUGUAGAUAACCUAUAAACCGUUUCGUGUGGCAAGAGAAACAAAUUUGAAAAAUCAAAUAGUGAAUUGUAAAUUUAACGCAAAAAAAAACAAUCUGGUGUAACCAAAGGAAAAAUUUCGAAAAUGACAGCAAUUGAUGUGCUUAGGUCAUCGGAAGAAUCUAAUAAUGAAGAUGAGUGCGAAGAUGAAAACUCAGAGGAAGGAAGCAAUGUGGAAUCUGAUAAUGCUGAUAAUGAAUCUUCAGAUGAAGAAUCCCCAGAACUUGCAAAUGCUGGUUGGGCAGAUGCAAUUUCAAGGAUCCUAAAGUCAAAACCGAAAGGCAAGAAAAUAGUCUUGUCAAAGGCUAAAAAACUCACUGAUGUGAAGAAGGUACAACCUAAACCUGCAGGUUUCGAAAUAUUGACAACAGAGGGAGAUGUUAGGGAAGAAAAAAUAGAAACUGAAGAAGUUAAACUACCUUCUGAAGAACCACCAAGAAAAAAGAAAAAAGAAAUAUCAAGUUUGAGAGUGAAGCCAGACAUAUUAGAGAAAGACAGGGAGCGUAUCCUGCAGAAAAUAGCCACCAAGGGGGUAGUCCAACUGUUCAAUGCAGUGAGAGCCCAGCAAAAAGAUAUCAGCAAACAGCUAGAAGAAGCUGGCCCCUUGGAAGUGAGGAAAGAAAAGGUUCUGAAGAAUAUUGAUAAGAGAGCAUUCUUGGAUGUGUUGAUGGGAGAAAAAUCACAAAGAGUUGAGGGCCCAGUGGAAGAAAGGAAAAAAGAAAAAAAAUCUGUAGAAAAAGAAUCUACCUGGAGUGUACUGCAAGAUGAUUUCAUGAUGGGAGCUAAAAUGAAGGAUUGGGACAAAGAAUUAGAGACUGAGGAGAUCCAAGAAUUGGAAAUGGAGUCUGAUUAAGUAUGAGCAGAUUCAGUACCUUAUGAUUUAUUUCUAAAUGAAAUAUAUUGAAUGUAAUACCUACCUACUUAUAUGUUACAAGGUUUGCAAGAAAGGUGAAAUAAAACUAUUUGUAAAUGUUCAAUUUCUUCUCUUGAAAUCAACAACAGAAGGGGACACUUCUAUUAGUUUGUCAUGUUUCAUUUUGUUCUGGAAGCUUUCAUCAGUCAAAAUAAAAAUUAGAAGUUUUGAAAUCUGUUAAAGCUCUACUUCUAGAUUGCUCUCCACUGAUCCUUAUCCUAUUGAAAUAACCUUGAACAUGUGCCUCAUGCACUUGUAUGAUUUUCUGUUGAUUAGCCUCCUCUGAUUCAUCAGUCUGUUUAGGCAUUCUUUUUGCAACUGAAAGGUGCAUGUUCACUUUUUCAUAGAUAGGUUUUAUUGUUUUCUCAAUGUAUUCUUUCACCUGCAUG